AAGAUUUACUGUGAUUCCUCCUAAAGCCGAACUUUGUAAAGAUAGCUUAUUAAACUCUUAUUCGUUUAGAAUUUUCAGUAUCACUCUAUCUGUGAUUUUACUCAUGAUAAGUAGCAAACCUAUCGGUCUGUAAUUUUACAGCUUUGAUUUCUAUUUUUACUGAGACUAUGACCUUGAAUCAUCUGCUUGAACCUUAGACAAAGAAGUCUUUCCUUGUCUAAGGCUUGAACUGUAUACAAAAGGUGGCUUAAGUAUACAUGUCUAGUAUGUCUAUUCAAAGAAAAAAAGAAGACGUUUUGAGGUUAUAGUUGGGAAUAAACAGCUUUUAAGUAUAUACAAUGAUACAUACAAAUUAAGUUAGAAUCUCAUUCCCAUACAAUUAUUGAAAGGUGGAUUAUCAAAACAUUGUUUAAUACUAUGAAGACCGAAAAUAAUAAUUCAGGAGAUCCUAUCUGGACUCAAAAUGUAGAAUUAUUAACACAAGAAGAAUGUUUACCCGUUAUAGGAAGCUCUCAAGUUUCUUCGAUCCUUCAACAUUUAGAUCCAUCAAUGGUUGAAAAUGGUCCACAAAAUAUGGACUUAAUAAUUCUACCGACGACCGAUUUCAAACUUCCUGUAGUAGAAAAUCCUUUCACUCUAACAAAUAGUUAUAUUGUCCUAAAAGAAAAUGGUGAAACAAAACCAGAUAACUCUAAAAAUACAAAUGAUAAAACAAAUGAUAAUUUGAAGUCAAAGAAAGAUAAUUAUGAAGAUAUGCUAUAUUAUGUUUGUAAUUUAUGUCCAUUUCUGUGUAUAAAAGAUACCAAAAUUAAUGAACAUUUAGAAAAUGCUCACAAAAAUAAAACAGUAGUAAGUUUGCAAGAAUUAAAAUGUCCUGCUUGUAGGAAUAUUUUUUAUCACAGAAUGUCUCUGAGGUCUCACCUUAUACAUGACCAUGGAGUAGGAAACUCAGACAUUUCUUCCAUAAUACAGGCAAUUGUGUAUUAUUCUAAUAAAAAUAAAAAGAAAGAAAAACAAAAAUCACCAAUAAGAAAUACAUCAGAUAAGUUAACUCUAAACAGCAAUGUUGAAGAUAAUCCUCCACCAACAGACGUUUCUAAACAAAACCCACCAAAAACAAUUUUUGACAGCGUUAUAAAGGUUUCUGAAGCUUUCACUACAUCUAGUGUAGAUACAACUAAAAGUACACAAUGUCCUUUUACGACAUGUAAAAUAAUAUUUCCAGAUGCUGAAAAAUUAAAUCACCACAUAUCUUGUCAUGCUGAUACAGGUUUCGCAUGUUUCAACUGUGGUGAAAAAUUUAAUGCUUGGAAACCGCUAACCUCUCAUAUGUGGAGACUCCACAAGAUAGACAUGGGCCUGUAUGCUUGUGAUCAAUGUGAUUACAAAACUUACAGUUUAGCCAAACUCAAUAACAUCCAUAAAUUGAUACAUGGAGACGCUAAAAAUUUCUCUUGUGAUGUCUGCAACAAAGCAUUCAAGAAUAAUAAACAACUGAGGAAUCAUAAAUUGACGCAUAAAGAAAAGUCAUUAAAACUUACCCACAUAUGUGACGAAUGCUCUAAAGGAUUUUCCGAUAGGCGCCAACUUAGGAUACACUUGGAUAUAGUGCAUAAGAAGUUGAAACCAUUUUUGUGUAAUUUUUGUGGUUAUAAAGGUUCAUCAAGAAGUUCCUUAAAAAUGCAUAUCAGACAACAUACAGGUGAAAAGCCAUUUUCUUGUACAGUGUGCUCCUACACCACAUCAGAUCACAAUUCAUUACGCAGACACAAUUUACGACACACGGGCCAAAAGCCUUAUAAAUGCACUUACUGUACAUACGCUUGUAUACAAAGUAGCACAUACAAAACUCACCUGAAAACUAAACAUCCCGGAAUGGAAAAAGAUCUCAUGUUUACUUGCGUAGAAUGUCAAUUCAGGUCUGUCAAUCGAGAUGUCUACAUGUUGCACAUGGUUACAGUUCAUAAUAUUAAACCACAAGCUCCGAGUUAAUAAAGUGAGAAAAAUCUGGUUAGAGAAAUUAGAGACAAGAUUGAUCUUUUUGAUAUUUAAUGGACCUCGUAUACGACUGAAAAAAAUGGGUGUAUGCUUAUACAGAAGUUUAUGUCCAUAAAAAACUUUCCUCAAAAUAAAACACUUAAAUUUUAUAUACCACACUAUGAGGCAUCGUGUUAUUGAAGGAAAUAUAUAUAUUCUGGAUAA